AUUUCUCCUUAUUGUGUCUGGCUAUUGUGCUCCUGCAACACAGAAUUCUAUCUAAUGAUGUUUCACCUUUUUAUCACUUUUUACAACAAAGUAACAGAACAUCCGCUUGUAGCACUAACACUACUACUGUCACUCAGAGUAUUAGUAGUCUAUUUAUUGACCAGCUACAGUUAAUGUUAACAUGUCUGAUACAGCUAACCUGCUGCUAACUAGGUGACACAAACACUCACAGCUUCCAGGUGAAGAUCUUCCAUUCUUAUGAAAAGUGCCCCGAGUCUCUGCUGAAGGAAAAACCGUAUGAUUGUAAUACUUGAAGGUGGCGCAGAAAACUGCUAAUGCAGUUAGUUUGACAGGGUUGCUAUGGUAACUCCGGAAACAGGAAAUUACAUCGCGCAAAGGCGAAAUUGUUUCAGCCAAUCCGCUUGUUAAGUGGUGACUUAGCAUUCCACCAUAGUCGGCCAAUCAGAGAGCGGCGGCGGGAGGAUUCAAAAUUCAGAAAGGAAACAGUUGGGGCAGUGGACAUUUUUGACGAGAUUUAUCUCGGGAUUAAUUUUUCUGCUUUUACGAUUUGAAGUGAAACAGUCGAAAGCUUAAAGAAAGCCUUUAGUUAUCGACAAGAUAAAGGUUUUUGACCUGCUUGAAACAAAGACACGGAGCUAAGUGGCAACAUGGCCGAUUCAGCUGGACAGAGUCGCUAUGAGCGUCUGACUGCUGAGCAGAUGGAUGAACAGAGGAUCCAGAACGUGGCCUAUCAGUACCUGUGCAGGUUGGAGGAGGCCAAGAGGUGGAUGGAGGCGUGUCUGGGGGAGGAACUUCCUCCUCCCACUGAGCUGGAGGAGGCACUGAGAAACGGAGUCAUUCUCGCUAAACUGGGCCAUCAUUUCGCUCCGACCACUGUCUCCCUGAAGAAGAUUUACGAUCUCGAGCAGCACCGAUAUCAGGCUUUGGGUCUUCAGUUCCGUCACACUGACAACAUCAACCACUGGAGGAACGCCAUGACAGUGUUAGGACUGCCAGCGAUCUUUCACCCAGAAACUACAGAUGUGUAUGACAAGAAGAACAUGCCCCGAGCAGUUUACUGCAUUCAUGCACUCAGCUUGUACCUGUACAGACUGGGUUUGGCUCCACAGAUCCACGACCUCUAUGGAAAAGUCAAGUUCACAGAGGAGGAGAUCAACAACAUGAAGCUGGAGCUGGAUAAAUAUGGGAUCCAGAUGCCAGCAUUCAACAAGAUUGGAGGAAUCCUGGCCAAUGAGCUGUCAGUGGACGAGGCUGCAGUACAUGCGGCAGUGAUCGCCAUCAAUGAGGCAGUGGACAAGCAGGAUGUUGGCAGGAUGGCGGCAGCUCUGAGGAACCCGAACGCCAUGUUGAGCAACCUGCAGGAGGCGCUGAUCAGUGUCUACCAGGAGAUCCUGCGACAGGCUAAAGGGCGGAAAGCUGAAUGGGCAGCUGGCAGGCCCAUCUAUACCCCAUGCAGCGUGUCAGUCGUGUGUCUGUCAGUGGCAGCAGUGAACCAGGCUGUGAAGGAGAACAAAGUGAAUCAGACUCUUCGUGUUUUGUCUCUACCUGAGCUGGAGCUGCAGGGACUCGUUUCUAACUGUGCUGCAGAUUAUCAGAGAGAGCUCACCGCUCUGAUCACACAACGGAUACACAAAGGAGACAACAGGAGUCCGUGGGUACGAGUCCAACUGGAGGAUGGUGCAUUUUAUCACUUCCACCUGAGUAGACUGGAGGGAAGCUGGGAGAGACCGAACAGAUUCAUACACAACAGUGUGUUCAUUGACAGACAUGAGAUACAGGACAUCAUCAACAGUGUUUCAGGUUCAUCCAGUCGCAACAUCCUGUGGAGAGGCCGUGAAGCCCUUGUCGUUCACCUGCAGGCUCUUUGUCGAGGGUUCCUGAUCAGACAGCAGCUGAAGUCUCGACAGUGUUACCUGAUCAGUCAGGCACCUGCUGUGAUCAUCAUCCAGAUCCAGUCGUUUGUGAAGAUGUGGUUGGCGAGGAGAAACUAUCGAGCUCGACUGAGUUUCUUCAGACGUAACGUGAGUUUUGCUGCUGUCUUUGUUCUCUUUGAAGACAUUCCAGCACCUUUGCAUUAUGAGCUGAAUAUCAAUAGACUUCACAUGAGUUCCCACAUUUACUCUGAGCCAGAGUACACUGGAUUUCUUAGAGGCCUGAAGAAGUAA